AUGGGUUUCCUCGGCGUCUACUCAGCUGUGUAUGAUUACGAGCCUCAGGGAGAGGGUGAACUCCAGAUACGAGAGGGCGACCUGCUUUACAUCUUGGAAAAGGGUGCAGACGACGACUGGUGGAAGGCAAAGAAGAAAGCCGAGGAAGAAGAUGAGGAUGAGCCAGAGGGUCUAGUCCCAUACAACUACGUGGAAGAGGCGCAACCGGUACACCAUGCCAAGGGUCUCUUUGACUACACCCGGCAGACGGACGAAGAGGUCUCUUUCUCGGAAGAUGCAGAACUAUCGGUGUAUGACAUUUCAGAUCCCGAUUGGACUUUAGUCGGCAUCAACGGGGAUUAUGGGUUUGCGCCGGCAAACUACAUUGAAAUUCUUGAAGAUAUCGCUCCCACCACUGCAGCUAUUCCACCGCCGCCUCCGCCCCAAGCCGAACCCGAAGCACCAUCCCUUCCCCGACGGCCGACACAGCCUGCGCAAGAAGAGUAUGAAGCUGAAUCACCUUCUCCUUCUCCCAUCAAUACAGUACACAAUCCGGCUGCUGCGGCGAUCGCGGACAUUAUACAUAAACAACAUGCCCCUGUCAGCGCACACCCGGAGCCUUCUCGAGAAGUGUCGCCCCCUCCCCCUCAUCUCCCAACUCGGCCUUCGUACGAUCAGGAAGUAGGUGAAGAUGAAUCGCCUCCGCCUAUCUUGCCUAGGAGACCCCCAUCGGAACAGAUUACUCCACAAAUGAACUCAUAUUCACCUGAACCUUCCCCAGCUCCCCCACGCCCCAAGGCUGCAGCUCCCCCAAUGGGUCGUGAAAAAUCUCAUGUCAAAGAAUCGCCUCCCUAUAACCGGGCUGGUGAGCUGACGCCGAGAUCACCCUCCGGCUAUCACAUCUACAACAUUAAUGAGAUGGUGGAGGUCAUGGGCAAGCGGAAGAAGAUGCCAACAACAUUAGGUAUCAACAUGGUCACAGGCAUUAUCUUCAUUUCUCCGGAAGGUGAUGACCGCCAGCAGGAUUGGACCGCUGAAAAACUCACACACUAUUCAAUUGAAGGCAAGCACGUAUUCGUUGAUCUUGUUCGGCCUAGCAAGAGCGUUGAUUUCCACGCUGGAGCCAAAGAUACUGCCCAAGAAAUCGUUGCAGCACUUGGCGAGAUUGCCGGUGCUUAUCGUGCUGAGGGCCUACGAGAGGUUCUCGCUGCUGGAGAGGGUGGUGGUGGUCAGAAGACCGGUCAAAUUUUGUAUGACUUCAAGGCCCAAGGCUCCGACGAAGUGACGGUCAAGGUGGAUGAUGAAGUUAUUGUCCUCGAUGACACCAAGUCGGAAGAGUGGUGGAUGGUAAGGCGAUUGAAGAAUGGCAAGGAGGGAGUGGUUCCCAGCAGCUAUGUUGAAAUCACCGGCUUUGUGCCCCUCCUCCCACCCGGACCUGACUUGGGUAUGUCAAACGUGGAAAAGAACCGAUUGGAAGAGGCUAGGUUAGCCAAAGCUUCAGCCGGAAAGUCGAGGAAGGAUUCAAUGGAUUCGGCCGAUCGCUCCAAGCGUGACAGCAAAUCCAAGUCCAAACCCGAUCCCAGCAAGGUGAGAAGGUGGACGGAUCGCUCAAAGGCAUUCACAGUCGAUGCGCAGUUUAUCGGGCUACAAGAUGGCAAGAUUCAUCUUCACAAGAUCAACGGCAUCAAGAUUGCGGUUCCCGUUGCGAAAAUGUCUGUUGAGGAUCUAGAGUACGUGGAAGCCGCAGCCAAUGUGUCUCUGGAUGAGGAUAAGCCACUAUCGAGUAUCCGAAACCGUGCUUCUUCCGACGCUAAGAAAACCGGUAACGCGGGUGCAUCUGUUCAACGCCCCGAGUAUGAUUGGUUUGACUUUUUCUUGAAGGCUGGCGUUGGUCAUCACCAAUGUGAACGGUAUGCGCAGAACUUCCUCAAAGACUCAAUGGAUGAGUCUGUUCUCUCUGACAUUUCACCCGAGACUCUUCGCUCUCUUGGACUGAAAGAAGGCGAUAUCCUACGAGUCAUGCGUCACCUUGACACCACGCUGGGUCGUACCGGUAGCAAAUCCAAGUCCCGCAAUGUCAGUUUCGGUGGCGAGGAAGUUAUUGGUAAUGGCGAAGAUGGCCAGGGCGGACUUUUCGCUGGGCCAGGUGGUACUUUGCGAAACAAUACUCGCAAGGGAAGGCCGACACCGGCUGUUCAGGCUGGUGACGUUGUAGAUCCGAAAGCAUUCGAGCAAGCUGAUGCUUCAAAACCGAAUGAAGAGCGAGCUGCAACUCCCCCGACACCCGAGGAAGAGAAGCCUGCUGCGCGUGGCUUCGAUGAUGAUGCUUGGGAAGUCAAGCACCCCAAACAGCGUAGUGGCUCUGCUGCUACUUCAAGCCCACCCCCGAGCACCCCGGCUGCAGUUCCUCAGCCUCCCGUUCAGAAACAGGUCACGGGAGCCAUGGCCGACUUGACCUUGCUUCAGACUCCUCUCCAGCCCACACCGGCACAGCCCGCAUCCGCGCCGGUAUCAAGCAUUCCUGCUUUGCAACCACAACAAACUGCUGUACAGUCACCUCCUGUGCAGCAACCCCAGAACACGGGUGCUACGCCUGGAUUUUUCAACCAAAUAGCGCAGAUGGGCCAGCAGGCCAGACAGCGCCCCCAGCCUCCACAGAACUUGAACCAAAAUUCACUUCUACCCCCUCCUCCGCAGCGUCCACUCUCUGCCCCUCAGAACUUCUCGCAGCAACAGGGUUCUUUUGGGCCUCCUCCAUUGCAACCUCAAUUGACCGGCGUUCCCCUAGCAGGCCCUCCAGUUGCACCUCCCGGUCAAAGCCUAGCGGAGUUGAAUCAGCAACGCUUCCAGCCCCAGAUGCAUCCACAAGCUACAGGAUUUAUGGGAGAAAAUCAGUACCAGAAUGGUGUUAUGAUCCCCCAACCUACUGGCUUCACCCCCCAAUCGCAAUUUGGUAUCCAGCAGCAGCAGCAAUUUAAUGGCCAGUCAGUGCCAAUGCAGUCAGGAUUUCAGGGAAUGGCCCCCCAGCCUACCGGCUAUGGUGGAUAUGCGCAGCCCCAGCAGCCAAUGCAGACCGGCAUCAACUCCAUGCUCCCCCCGGCACUACAGCCUCAACAAACCGGAAUGAACGGCUACGGCAACACAUCUUACAACCAGCAGCCUCCUCCUCCUGUGCCACCAAUUCCUCAGCAACCAACAGCCACCCCUCUGUCACCUCAAAAGACUGGACCUCCACCUUCUGUCAGGUUCGGUGUGAAACCGGAUGCCGCCAAGAAACUUGCUCCCCAGCCAACUGGACUCAGGGCGAACCUUUCCCAAGCUAGUAAGUGCAUAAAAAAAAAAUUUUCCCUCUUCAAGUCAAAAAGUCCCAAUAGCUAA